AUGAAUGUUGAUCUGAAGUGCCUCAUCUCAGGUAUCAUCGCCAUUAUUGACGCCUCUAUCCAGCUAUAUGAGGCCGUUGACGAUGUCUCAGGCUUGCCACGGUCGUUUCGCGAUGUGGCCGAUCGCUUACCCGCCAUUCUACACACGUUAGAGGCAGCGCUUUACUGGCUGGCAGAAGAGGAAGAAGACGCAUGCAUGUUGUCGACUGAUCAAUACAUUGCAUUGUCCACGAUGCUUAAGAGUUGCCGUAAUAAAGCAAUUGCUAUCCAAAAAGUCCUACAAAGCGUCAUUCCCGACGCCAAUGCCUCGCUUAUAAUGCGGUGUGCAAAGGCAAUAAAGGCCAUCUCCAGCACAAACACAGUCGACAGCCUGAUGCAAGGCAUUCUUCACGACCUCCAAGUACUGACGGCGAACCGUGCGGUAAAUACUGCUUCAAGGUCCCAAAUCAAGCGCUACAUCAAAGGCCGCUUCGAGGAAGAAGCGAGAGAUGUAUGCCUCUGA